AACCAGCAUGAAUGAACAUUAAGUUGCUAGUGGCUGGGGAUGGCAUACUUUCGUAUCAACACUUAAUUUAGUGAAUUUCGGUAUAAAAUUAUCAAUUAUUUCCUCGAAAAAAUGAGAUGAGUUUCGUUUGCACACGUUCAAUUUCUUUGUCAGUCAACACUUGCUAUUGUAUUGAUUUAGUAGACAUAACCUAGGAAUUUUUAUGUAAACAAAAGUAUGUGGAAGAAGAUUGGCAAACUUUAUCGAAGGGAAUCUUUUUUAUCUUUUUUGCAAUUAGUAUUUUGCAGCAGCAACCAAGAAACGAAUAAUCUUUUUUGAUCAAAAUUCUCUGUAAUGUGGGAUGUCGAAAAUUUGCAUUUUUUUUCAAUGAGUCGAAAAUGCCAUUGAUAAAACGAGAAGAACGUCAUAAACCGACGUGUAGCCAAUGCAAGGCAAGUACACGUAAAAUAAAGCAACAUGAUUGGUUGGGUGACCGUAUAGGAUAUUUGUUGUGAUAAUGUGCAAAUUCUCGGGUGUGCAUUUUAAAUUGUUGUAGUUCUAGUAUCGUACGCAACUUUCGCCUCUUAUCGAAUCACCGAAUUUUCAUUUUUGUUUCGAGUAUAAUAUGACCUAACUGGUGUCAGUGUCAUGUUUGGUCGAAGGCAAACGUGAUAUGUACAAGUGAUAUGCGACAUCUUGAAGUCAACAUGUCGCCUUUUACAGACAAAUAAGAAAUUGCCAGAAAUCGUCGGGAUCGCAUAUUGAAACGGUUGCAUUUACCUUUUGUUUGAGCUGGCAACAGGCUAAGAAAUUGUGUUCUCGGCAUAUUUUGAUCGCAAAUUUUAUGGAGCUUUCUCAAAAUGGUUACCUUAAUUACGGAGAAACUUCAAGACCAAACAUUGGAAGAGAUUACUACGAAAGAAAGGAUUCACGAGGAAAGGAUGAAGAAAAGCAUGUCAUUAUAUGAUGUCACGGGAAAGUCUUCGAGGCCUUCAAAACUGAAUCAUAGAAGAACAAUGUCGAAGGACAACGGUACAAACCGCGCACAAGAAGUCGGCAAGCUACGAACGUUGGCUUUUCACGGAACGAGAUGCCAAAGCUAUCCACCAGCAAGAAAGCGACUCUGUCGAUCGUUGUCAAACACCGAUGCAAAUUUUGAAAGUGUCUCAGGCUGGCGCCCGGAACCUUCUUCCAUCUGGACGCCAGUCAAAUCAAGAAAGACCGACACUUAUUAUAAGCCUUCUGGAGUGAGAUCUUUGGAGUUCACUUGUGGCGAAACAUUUUUUAACAGUUGGUCAACACCACCAGAAUCUCCAAUCUCAAGACCUGUAUCGGCCAAUUCUACUAUGGACGACUCUAAAUUUUUUCCACUACGGUUGAUAAGCGACGAAAAGCAUAACAAUGAAAUAGAUAAAGGUUUUACUGACGCCAGCCAAGAGUGUCAUAAAAUGUCUCCCACAAUGCCAAGGCGAAGUCAGUCGCAUCCUUCGUUUACGUUAAACAUGAACUCUGGUUUAAAGAGAAGGCUAUCGGAGAUAGAUAUUCCUCGACCAGCAUUGGAUUUUAAUAAAAUGAAAGCGAGGACAUUUUUGAGUGUGAAUUGUGAUAGGAAGAAUUUGAAAUGUUUUAAACAUGUGGAUAAAAGGAAUGUUAGUCUCAAAGAGAAUUUUGCUAUUGAGCAGAAGAAAGUGAUGUUCACUAAUUAUGAAUCUGAGGAUUUGGGUGUGAGUUUAUUGAUUACACCUACAGCUUCACCUAUUAUAUCUUCUCCUACUACAGAAAUGAAGACAUCACAAACAAUAGACAGCAAUAUGCUUAGUGAAGAUGACAAUUCCAACAGAAAGUUAAUGGAAUUAUUUUCCCCAAGUAACAACAGCAUGGUAGAUGUUGAACUAGAUGUUGCACUUAUAGAGGAAGAUGGAACAAAUGCCAAUCCAGCACAAAGCACCGUGCUCUUUAUAUAAUAUUUCAAAGCUAUUUAUUUAUAUAUUAACCUAUAUGUAACAGAAAAUACGUUUUUUUGACACAAGCAUACCUAUAACCUAUCAUAUGUUAACAAAUGUACAAACACCAAGAUAACUUAUUUAAAAUAAAUCAUAGCAGAUGUUUUCUGCUAUCUUUUCAAA